CACCGCGACACCAGCAGCACUUCAUGUGCCGCAUAGAGCUGCUGUCUCUGUGGCUGGAUCAUAAGCUACUGUUACCCAGAUUGCAUGUAACCAGUUACUGCCCAGCUCUGGAUCUCAUCCUGUGCAGGCAGCAUGGCGAAACCCAGCGGGUUCGAGUUUUGGACGAGCACUCUGAAGGGGGCACGCUAUGUGGUGGCACCCAUGGUGGAGCAGAGCGAGCUGGCCUGGAGGCUGCUGAGCCGCAGACACGGAGCAGAGCUCUGCUACACUCCCAUGCUGCACGCUCAGGUGUUCGUGAGGGAUGUCAACUACCGCCGAGAGAACCUGUACAACGAGGUCAACCAGGAGGAUCGGCCCCUCAUCACACAGUUCUGUGCCAAUGAUCCUGAAGUGUUUAUCCAGGCUGCUCUGCUCGCACAGGAUUACUGUGAUGCCAUCGAUCUGAAUUUGGGUUGCCCCCAGAUGAUUGCAAAAAGAGGCCAUUAUGGGGUGUUUCUUCAAGAUGAGUGGGACCUUCUUGAGAAAAUGAUUAAACUGGCAGAUGAAAAACUCUCCGUGCCCAUUACCUGCAAAAUCCGGGUCUUCCCAGAGAUUGAGAAAACCGUGAAGUAUGCAAAAAUGCUGGAAAAGGCUGGCUGCCAGCUCCUCACAGUUCACGGGAGAACUAAAGAUCAAAAGGGGGCUCUGACGGGCAUUGCAAGUUGGAAGCACAUCAAAGCUGUACGGGAGGCUGUAAAGAUUCCCGUCUUCGCCAAUGGAAACAUCCAGCACCUGAGUGAUGUUCAGCUCUGCAUGGAGGAGACUGGAGUCCAAGGUGUCAUGAGUGCAGAAGGGAAUCUCCACAAUCCUGCCCUGUUUGAAGGCCGUAGUCCACCUGUGUGGGAGAUGGCUGAGGAGUACCUGGAGGUUGUGGAGAAACACCCACCCUGCAGUCUGUCUUUCGUCAGAGCUCACAUCUUCAAACUCUGGCACCACACUUUACAGAUACAUCAAGACCUGAGGGAGGAGCUGGCCAAAGCCAAAAACAUAGCUGGGAUUGCAGAGGUCAACAGACAGCUGAAAAAACGUUGCCAGGAGGAGAUGGCUAAAGAUGAAUCGGAAUGGAUUCGGACUGGACUUCCCUUCCCUCACUGGAUCUGUCAACCCUACGUCAGACCACCGCCCAAGGAUCCAAACUCUGAAAAUGGGCAGAAAGCAUCAGAAACCAAAGCCGUGAGUGUAAAGAGGGCGCUGGAGGAAAGCGAUGGCCCCAACGACUCGCUCUCCAAGAACAAGCAGAAGAAGAAAGCCCGCAAUCCCCACAAGAACUUCUGUCCAGAGCUGAAACCAAAAUACGUCAAGUGUGAGCAAUGCGGAAACCCAAAGGGGAAUAAAUGUGUGUUCAGCUUGUGCCGUGGCUGCUGUAAGAGGAAGGCUUUCAAGGAAGUGGCCGAUUGUCCCGGCCAUGGACUGAGAUUUAAAACCAAGGCUUUAAAACUGUCUAACUCCGAUACGGGUGGUGGGCUGACGAAUGGGAAUCUCAACAGUCAGACCGUUUCCAGCGCAGCCCACAAUCCGCUGUAAAGCACAACAGUGACUUCUGAAAUCACAUUCAACUGGUUUACCGCUUAACAUUUCUGCACUGACUUCAAUGUACAAGACUGCAUUGGUGGACAAACCCGGUUUUUCCACUGUUGAUGUGUGAUUUGGAUCCAUAUGUCACCAAAACAACUGAACGUGCAAAGAAACGGGGCAUGGAAAGAUCAGCGCUACUGUUACUUACGCUAGAUCUUUUGUAGAGUCCUUCUUUUCUGUAAUGAAGUACCACUUUCUAGACUGCUGUCGGGUGAAUAGUUCCAUAGUCUUAAUAUUUCGAGAUUUGUUUAUUAGAGUAGUAUAUUUUGAUAAUUACUGGGAACGUAGUAUAUGAAGCAGCCGCUCUGAAUGCACAAUCCUGCACUACACCCAAGAUUGAGGAGCUGGACUUUUAUCUCGGGACGUUCUGUGGAAAUACACCAACACGCUGGUGGUCAUCGUCACUCAAACAUUAUUUUAACUGUAUUUUUACUAUAUUUAUUGUCUUCCGAAAUGAAAGAUUGGCCAUAUUUGUAGGUUGCAACUUGCAACCAAACAUCUUUGGACUUUUAAUCCAUUUUUAAUUUUUUAACAUGUAUGUAAAUUCACUUUUAUUCCGAGACCUCUGCUUAUUUUAUUGUGCGCUUACGAUAACGCGACUAUUUCACACACACACAUAUAUUGUUAUACAGAUUUAUUGUAGAAAUUUUUAGUUACACUACAAAGAUUCCUGACCCAGGAAAUUAUUUCAGGUACAGAUGCCUUAGCCUAUAAUCGCUAAUAUUGUACUGCCUUUUACCUCCAUUCUUUUGGUGUUUAAAAAAAAAAAAAGGAUACAGUCCUAAUACAACUUCUGUUCAACAUAUUGACAUUUUCUUGUUGUUAUCGGCCAGCAUGAUUUAUUUUUUCACACAUUACUUUAAAGCAGAGGUCACCACGUUCGUUUCUGGAGGGCCGGUGUCCUGCAGAGCUUAGCUCUGACCUUAAUCAAACACAUCUGAAGCAGCUAAUCGAGCUCUUACUAGGUAUACUUAACUUCCAGGCAGGCGCGUUGAGGCAAGUUGGAGCUAAACUACAGGACACCGGCCCUUCGGGAUCAAGUUUUGUGACCCCUGCUUUAAAGCAUCAGGACUCAACUCCGUGCCUUAUUCUAAAGAUUUGGGACAGUUACUCAGAAAACACCCUUGAACGAAUGUAAACGUGUAGAUCUGUGGAUGUUUAGUUUUUUUUUUUCCUCAUCAGGGCUUAUUGUUCAAACAUUUUGGAAACUUUGCUCAAAUAAAUUCUGACGUGUUAAAA